CUCGCCUCACUCAUUCACACUGCUUUGCGAGCAUGCAUGGGAGUCAUAAAACCCGAAGCCUUAGAGACAAUCUGUGAUGGGUCGUCCUUGUAGACAGUUGCUGAAUCUUUCAUUGUUGCUAAAAUCAUGGAUGAUAUUAGAUGCAGUCAGGAAAGAAAGCAGUGGAAUCCGUAAAGGAAUCGGCGUCGAACAUAGCAGCGUCGGCAAAAUCAGGGAUGGAUAAAACUAAAGCAACUGUUCAAGAAAAGGUUGAUAAGAUGAGAGCCCAUGAUGAGUAUGAUAAGGCUUUAGCCACCGAGAAGAAGGAGGAGCGGAUUACCGAAGCCGAGCUCCGAAAACAGCAAGCCAUGACCCACAAUGCUGCCGAGAAGGAAGCCAAGACAGCCACAGCAACCGGGACUGCAGGGACUGGGCUCCACCCCAUGUCGGCAAUGCCGGGACAUGGGACGGGAGAGCCAACUGGUGGGUUUGUUGAGGAAGGAACUGCAAUUGGGUCUCACCCUAUAGGGAGGCAAACAGGGACUAAUAGAUCUACUACUGCUCAGAAUACCCUUGCUGGAGGAGGCACUGGUUCAACUGGGUAUACUGGUGCUGGAUAUACUGGUUGAUUUCAUGAUGUAUUAUUGUGUUUGAUGUUGGUUAAGUGUGUCACAUUUACUUGUAUUUUUAAGAAGAGGUGUGCCACUUUUUUUUUAUUUUGCUUGAUUAAUGUUUGGAUAUUUUGGAAUAUGUUGUAUGUAUGUGUUGACUCUUAUAAUUUGAUUGGAAUAUGAUCUUUAAUCAAUUAUAUUUCAAUGAUGUAAAAAUGUAAUGUUUGUGGGCUUUUUUAUUUGUAGUUGGAUUAAAAAUGUGGUGGUUAACAAUGAGUAAUGGUUUUUUUGUUUGGAAAUUGGAAUUUAUCCCUUCAAUUGGUAUAAGAAAUUGAUGAGAAAAGUAACCAAGGGAAGGGUUACUGGAGAUGGUCCUAGAAUGUAUGCUAAAGACCUACAUAACAUGCAAUAUCCAAAUGAAUCUCGACAAAUAAUGGAACUUAAGCAAAUGAUGCAUACAAUGAAGAAUGAGAUUGUUGAACUUAAAUGAUGCAGGUAGUGUAUAGUAAGUUCAAUUCUACGUAGUUCACUUAAUAGUUAUAUAUCAAUAGUUUUAACAUCACUAAUCUGCAUUCUGCAGGGAUAUCGAUUGAGCAUGCUCCUCUGAAAACUCUUCAUGGUACUCGUACUCCAGUAGUAUCUAAACAACUAGGGCCUCUAUUACUCUUUGUAGUGCAACUACUUCACAUCAUGCUCAAAUACGUAGAAUUCAUUCAAAUCAUGUUUAACAACCAAGCCAACUUUAAUAAUGUUAAAAGUUUCAAAAUUUGAUUCUUAUUUUACUAAGUUCUUCAUUUUAGAGAAA